AUGUCUGAGUUGCACAGUUUGCUGGGGUUUUCCGAAAGACCGGUCACGCGGGAGCGGUACGUCGAGACGCUGCGGGCGUACCUGCGUGCUGGCGUUCCCGCGACGUACACGCUGGAGCAGGUCGCUGCGUUUGAGAAGGAUGGGGAUCAAGGCGAGGUUACUGCUGAGGACUCGAGCACGACGCCACUGCAUGUGUUGGCGCGGUCGCUGCCCCGGGAUCUGACCGAGGCGGAGAGGGCCGUCGUGCUCGAGCUUAUGGACAUGCUGUUCGAGUACGGUGCCGGGUGGAACUUCCUCGACUACGAGGGGAAGACCGUCGGGGACCUGCUGCUGGAGAGCGGGGAGGACUCGGAGACGGGUCCAUUGUACCGUAGGCUCGUAGAGGCUGGAGUGAGCGCGGAACUGCUGCUCAGGAAGCUGAACGGCGGGGAGAUUGAGUUUUUGGAGGACGAUGACGAGAGGGACCCGCAAGAGUGUGAGUCUGUGGAAAGGCCCGCUGAUGAGGGUCCCGUGGACCCUCCCGUGGACCCUCCCGUGGACCCUCCCGUGGACCCUCCUGUGGAUGGUCCCGCCGCAGACCAAGACACCUACUUGAAGACCACGCUCGAGUACACGGACGAUGCUCUGCUAACGCAGGGAGACAAACACGGUGUGAUGAUGGAGUGGGAGACAGAAAUCAUGAAACUCGCUGCUGACACACUUUUCUCCUCUGUGGAAGACGACGCACCCAUUGUCCUGAACAUUGGCUUUGGUAUGGGUAUCAUCGACGGGUUCAUCCAGCAGAAAACCCCAAAGAAACACUACAUCUGCGAGGCUCACCCAGACGUCCUGGCCAAAUUGAGGGAAGACGGGUGGUACGAGAAACCAAACGUUGUGAUCCUCGAGGGGAGAUGGCAAGAUACUUUGAACAAACUUCUCGACGACGGCGAAGUGUUCUUCGACGGUAUCUACUACGACACAUUCAGCGAACACUACAAGGAUAUGCUAGACCUUUACGACGUCGUCGUCGGGCUUAUCAAACCCACGGGCGUGUUCUCCUUCUUCAACGGGCUCGGCGCGGACAGACAGAUUUGCUACGACGUGUACAAAGCCAUCGUGGAACUGGACGUCAACAACUACGGCAUGAAGUGCGAGUACAAGAAAAUCGAUAUCACGAAGAUCCUACCCGACUGGAAGAACGUCAAGAGGUCCUACUACAACGUGAACUACUACUACCAUCCAAGGAUCUCGUUCCUGUGA